AGAUUUUUUAAAAAUGGCGAAUUUUGGAGGAGGGAGGAAUUCGCUUCCUCCUCCAUGUUUAGAGCAUUUUGUUAUGACAGAGAAACUCGGUCAAGGAACGUACGCUACUGUGUAUAAAGCUUACAGGAAGGUAAAAUUUGCACAUGUUUUUGCUGUCUUGUUUGUUAAAAUCGGUGUUUUUGUGGUCUGCCGUUGUUUGCAUCUAAGGAUGAUUGAUGAACAGUCGAAGGUAUACAAAACGUUGGGUAUACUUACGUGAAUUACAUUGUGAUUAACAUACAUUGUGAUUAACAUAUCAUGUUAUAGAGCCUCACAUUGAUUGGCUAGCCUUUAAGCAGUUGUUAGAAACUUUCAUGUGAGAUUGAGAAUACACAAUGUUGUGAUUUGCGACUGUUUGUCCUAGGAUCCAAUUUAAAUAUGUGAGUAAAUUGGGUGGCAAUACAUGCUUCCAGAGUAGAUUGCCUUGGUUAUUGAGCCCCAUUUUGAUGAUUGAGAUGUUAGGCUUUAACUGAUGUCAGGUACAUGAACAAACAAGGCUUCAUAGCCAAAGUGGCAUACUUUCCAGCAUGUUAUCACAGGCAGCUGUGUGUUAUCACAUUAUCGUCCUUUAGGGUGAGGCUCGUGAGGUUGUUGCCAUCAAGUGUAUAUACUUGAAAAAACUUGGAAAGUCUGCUAUUGAAAAUCUUUUUACUGAAAUUAAAUUAUUGAAAGAAAUCAAUCAUGAUCAUGUUGUUCAACUCAAAGAUUUUGAGGUUGGUAGUGUGGGCUAAAAAGUCUUAAUCUGUUGGACAACUUUAUUGAUUCAUCACAAUUAAAGUAUCAAACAUUAUAACCAACAUCACCAUCAUUACCACUACCUCAUAAUCAUCAUUAUCACCACCCUCAUCAUCACCCUCAUAACCAUCAUUAUCACUACCAUCACCCUCUGUCAUUACCCUCAUAAUCAUCAUUAUCACUAGUAUCACCCUCAUCAUCACACUCAUAACCACCAUUAUCACUACCAUCACCCUUAUCAUCACUCUCAUAACCAUCAUCAUCACUACCAUCAUCAUCACCCUCAUCAUCACCCUCAUCACCAUCAUUAUCACUACCAUCACCCUUAUCAUUACCCUCAUAAUCAUCAUCAUCACCCUCAUCAUCACCCUCAUAACCAUCAUUAUUGCUACCAUCACCCUCAUCAUCACACUCAUAACCAUCAUUAUCACUACCAUCACCCUCAUCAUCACCAUCAUCACUACCAUUAUCACUAUUAUCAUUACCACCAUCAUUAUCACUACUAUCACCCUUAUCAUUACCCUCAUAAUCAUCAUUAUCACUACCAUCACCCUCAUCAUCACCCUCAUAACCAUCAUUAUUGCUACCAUCACCCUCAUCAUCACACUCAUAACCAUCAUUAUCACUACCAUCACCCUCAUCAUCACCAUCAUCACUACCAUUAUCACUAUUAUCAUUACCAUCACCCUCAUCAUUACCAUUAUUAUUACCAUCACCCUCAUCAUCACCAUUAUCAUCACUACCAUCACCCUCAUCAUUACCAUUAUUAUUACCAUCACCCUCAUAAUCAACAUUGCCACCACCAACACCAUAAUCACCACAUCACCAAGUAUAUUGUUUUAUUUCCAGUGGAACAAGGACUAUCUGUUUCUGAUCAUGGAAUAUUGCAGUGGUGGAGACUUGUCCAGAUUUAUUCAAACAAGACGAUGCCUGCCUGAAAACAUUGCCAAGAAAUUCCUUCAACAACUGGGUAAGUUUUCUACACCAAAAAAAUGUGUAAAAAAUGAGGCAGUAGCCAACUUUUAGUAAUAUACUUUGAGGUGUUUUAGAAUCUCUAGAAUAAACAACUUAUAGUGCAAGAUAUAACUUUUCAAACAAACAAGUAUUUAAAGAGAAAUCCAACACAAAAUUAAUUUGUGGACGUUUAUUAUGUAACCGUGAUAUCAAGACAAUAAUUUUUUUUGUGUUUCGCUCAUGAAUUAUUAACCAGUUUAUACCUGAAUAAUAAGCAGAAAGACAAUGAUUAUCAUUUUUAAGGAUAUUCUUUAUUUGUAUCUAGCGCUGGCUUUGAAAUUUCUGCAUAGCAAAGAUAUUGCACACAUGGAUCUCAAGCCACAAAACUUAUUAUUAUCGUCAAAAGAAAAUCCUACAUUAAAAAUUGCAGGUAGAGUAUUCACUUUUUGAAAUGAAAGAUGAGAUUUCUGCAUGUUAACUCCUAAACUAACUCUAUUCAUACAGGAAGAAAACGUCAUCCCUAAUUGAUCCAGUGUUACUACAGGAGGAAACCUAAACUAAACUAACUUUAUUUAUACUGGAUAGCUCUAUUAGUUCUAAACUGUUCUUCCUAGAGGUCCAGUAAGGAUCAUCUCUUAUUGAUCGAGUGUUUCUGCAGAAGGAAACCAGUAGUAUAGGGAAGGGGGGUUCUGGCGCGGGUGGUGCACUAAGGACCACAUAUGACAUCAUUACAGUGUAUUUCAUAUCAUUUUCACGUGCUUAAGAAAAUUUUUUCAUUGGAUCCCGAAGAUUGAAUCAUUGAUUCUGAUCGUAAGGUUGAAUCAUUGAAUCAUAGAUUGAAUCAUUGAAUCCUAUGAUUGAAUCAUUGAAUCCUAAGAUUGAAUCAUUGAAUCAUAGAUUGAAUCAUUGAAUCCUAAGAUUGAAUCAUUGAAUCCGAAGAUUGAAUCAUUGAUUCUGAUCCUAAGGUUGAAUCAUUGAAUCAUAGAUUGAAUCAUUGAAUCCUAUGAUUGAAUUAUUGAAUCCUAAGAUUGAAUCAUUGAAUCCUAGAUUGAAUCAUUGAAUCCUAAGAUUGAAUCAUUGAUUCCUAAGAUUGAAUCAUUGAAUCAUAAGAUUGAAUCAUUGAAUCCUAAGGUUGAAUCAUUGAAUCCUAAGAUUGAAUCAUUGAAUCCUAAGAUUGAAUCAUUGAUUCCUAAGAUUGAAUCAUUGAAUCCUAAGAUUGAAUCAUUGAAUCAUAAGAUUGAAUCAUUGAAUCAUAAGAUUGAAUCAUUGAAUCAUAUGAUUGAAUCAUUGAAUCAUAAGAUUGAAUCAUUGAAUCAUAUGAUUGAAUCAUUGAAUCCUAAGAUUGAAUCAUUGAAUCCUAAGAUUGAAUCAUUGAAUCCUAUGAUUGAAUCAUUGAAUCCUAAGAUUGAAUCAUUGAAUCAUAAGAUUGAAUCAUUGAAUCAUAUGAUUGAAUCAUUGAAUCAUAAGAUUGAAUCAUUGAAUCCUAAAAUUGAAUCAUUGAAUCAUAGAUUGAAUCAUGUGAUUCAUAGAUUCAAUCAUUGAAUCCUAAAAUUGAAUCAUUGAAUCAUAGAUUGAAUCAUGUGAUUCAAUGAUUCAAUCUUAGGAUUCAAUGAAAAAAUUUUCUUAAGCGCGUGAAAAUGAUAUGAAAUACACUGUAAUGAUGUCAUGUGUGGUCCUUAGUGCACCACCCGCGCCAGAACCCCCCUUCCCUAUACUACUGAAACCUAAGCUAAACUAACUUUAUUUAUGCUGGUUAGCUCUAUCAGUUCUAAACUGUUCUCCCUUGAGGUUCAGUAAAGUUCAUCAUUUACUGGCCCAGUCUUACUAAACCUGAAAAAUACAACUGUUUCAGAUUUUGGUUUUGCGCAGUAUCUUAAGGAUGAAAUGGACAGCACGAAUCUACGUGGUUCACCUUUAUAUAUGGUAGCAUCAGUUUUCUUUCCUCAAAUGGUUUCACGCAUUUUUAAAAAUAGAAAAUUAAUCAAUUCUUUUAUUGUUGUAGGCGCCAGAAAUGUUCUGUUCAACAACGUACGACGCCUCUGUGGACUUGUGGUCCGUGGGGGUUAUACUAUACG